CAAUGUUGAGGUCAGCGCCCCCUGCCAUAUGUCUAAUUAUAACCUACAAGAUGGGAGGUAAAUAAAUAUUUGGUGAUUCUUUGGAAUAGUUGAGAAAAGGAAAAUGACUGCGAGAAAUCCGACAACGUUAAUGGCAAUUCCAGCUGAGGACACGUUCGAUUUCCUGUUUAAAAUCGUGUUAAUUGGUGACUGUGGCACUGGGAAAACUUGCAUAGUUCAAAGAUUCAAAAAUGGGACAUUUAUCGAAAGACACGGCAAUACGAUCGGUGUGGACUUUUCAAUGAAAACAGUGAUGGUUGAUGGGAAGAAAGUCAAGCUGCAAAUAUGGGACACUGCAGGUCAAGAAAGAUUCCGAACCAUCACUCAAAGUUACUACAGAUCUGCAAAUGGUGUAAUCAUAGUUUAUGACAUAACGAAACGCUCCUCAUUUUUAUCGGUGGCCCGGUGGGUGGAGGAGGUCAGGAGGUACUCAGGGAGCUCUGUCCUACUGGCCUUAGUGGGCAACAAAGCUGACAUGGAAAGUUUGAGAGAAGUUGAGUUUGAGGAAGCCGAAGCCAUGUGCCAAUACAUGCCUGAAGUUUUGUUUGUGUUAGAAGCUAGUGCGAAAGAUAACUCAAAUAUUGAAGAGGCGUUUCUUUGUCUUGCCACCGAAUUAAAGAGACGACAUGACAACGGUAUGUUAGGAAAUGACGAUGAUGAUGACACUGUAAAAUUAGGUGAUAGCAGGGCUGUAACUAAAUGCAGUAGUUGCACACAAAAGAUCUUUUAAUUAAUAUAAUGAUAACACAAUUGUGCCUUAAAUCAUUUUGUGCUUUAUGAUAUUCGAAUUUUAGUCGUUAUUGGUUUUAGAUAUCUAUCAUCUCUGCAAGUAAUACUCAUUUUUACGGUUGAAUAUUUUUAGUGGAUUUUUUUGGCCGGUUUACAAGUGAUAAUUACGUAUUUUUCAAAGAAAACGGUAACGUAGAAUAUUCAAACGUAUUUAUUAUUAAAGACUUAUUAAGGGAUUUGUUAAUUUUAUUAGAAUAUUCAUACAAGAAAUGUCCAAAUAACGUAUGUAACGAAAAUAAAAUGUACUUCUUAAAUUUUUAAA